CCGACGUUCCUUCGACAACCAAUGACGCCCUGCAUGCAUUCACUGCCAGACUGUAUUUUCGUCGAUAUAUUGACGUGUUUUGUUUGGCACAACAAGAUUAAAACAUUUUCGUAACAUCUGUUUUGUUUUGUUUUUGCUCGUUCCUGUUUCGCUGUUGUGAAAACUGACAGGUUUUAAAAAGGCAAACUGUGAAUCACUUGUUUGAGAUGCGUGACUGAACAGAUUUGAUCGAGAUGCUUUAGGAAAACGUUCCCUCGUGGUCUUCAAGCUACCUGAAGGCACAUCAAGCUUUGUUGGAUUUUCUUGGUCUUACUGAAGUGUUCAACAACUCAUAUUGGCAACAUAAUAUAUCAACAUGGCUUCAAAAGUCUCUUCACAAAUUCCAACCAGUCCGUUAGAACGCAGUUUCUCUUUCUGGAAUAGCACAGCGCCCCCACCCACGAGGGUUUACCAGUGCGCAGAGCAUGGCGGUGAGAUGCUGAAGCAACUCGAUGGAUUGCUAAAGAAGCGAGUGUUGUGUGAUGGAACUCUCAUUUGUGGAGAGCAUCACUUCUCAAUUCAUCGCAUCGUCCUUGCAUCUUGUAGUGAUUUCUUCCACAAGAUGUUUGUAGAGAAUGAGAACAUCAAGGACAUCCAGAUCAGUACUAGCAUACCGAGACUGGGUCUUGAGAUGCUAAUUCAUUUUGCAUACACGUCUCAGCUGACGUUGAACAUAGAGAAUGUCCGCAAGACACUGUACGCUGCUAUUAAACUUGGUUUCAGGCGCGUCACCGAGUACUGCGUACAGUACCUCAUCACAACAAUCAGUUUGCAGAAUUGCGUAGAGUUACUUCAUCUCGCUGAGAAGUAUGACUUUCCAAUGCUGCUCUCAUCGGUGCAGGAUUUUGUGAUAGCAAAUUUCGUCCAAGUGUCGACGACGAGAGAUUUCCCAACUCUGACCCCGGAACAAAUCACGUAUUUCAUACGGCAGGAUCGCAUGAUGUCAGGCACUGAGAUGGAGUUGUUUGGAGCGGCAGCCAAGUGGAUUAACCACUCUCGCAACUCCAGGGAACAGUUUGCACCUCGUCUCAUGAAGCACAUCCGAUUCCCGUUGAUCUCAACGAAUGAGCUUGUAGAUCAUGUGCAGUCGGAGAGCUUCAUGAUGGAGAAUGCAACGUGUCAUGAAUUUCUCCUAGAAGCCUUGAAUUAUCAUCUUGUACCCCAACGCCAACAUCUUAUGCAGUCGGCACGGACCAGAAUGCGCUCCACCAGCGAGGUGAUUCUAGUUGUUGGUGGGGAGCUUGCCAACAAGUGUGUAAGUAACAAUAUUAUGAUUUUGGACGAACCUCAUUGUCAGCUAAAGCAUCUAACAUCGAUGCCUCUACGACGAGUGGAUCACAGUGUUGCUGUCUUGAAUGACUUCUUGUAUGUUGCUGGAGGACAAGUGACUCUGACCUCAAACGGGAAGGAAAGUAUUGGGACUGUCCAUCGCUACGACCCAAGAUUUAACAACUGGCUUCAGGUGUGCCCAAUGCAGCAACGAAGAGCUUUCUUCGGCCUUGCUGCUCUAGAUGGUAAACUCUUUGCUAUCGGAGGUAAAAAUGAGCAAGGCGCCCUUGCUUCGAUGGAGUCUUACAAUCCGAACAAUGAUACCUGGGUUUAUGUCCAGCAUCUCCCUGAAUCCAUGUAUGCUCAUGCUUGUUGCGUCAUCAGUGAUAAACUUUACAUCUCUGGUGGGUUUGCAAAUCACAAUUUCAGGAAGACUGUGUUUGAAUACAGUCCCCAACGGAACGAGUGGACGCAACGGUGCUCCAUGAAUGCAGAACGAGGUUUCCACAUGCUGUGCGCCGUCCGUGAUCAGAUGUUCGCCAUGGGUGGGAACCAUCUGAACCCAUAUGGUGACAGAGUGGAUGUGAUGAGUGUUGAACGUUACAAUCCCUCAAAUGACCAGUGGACACCCCUCUCCCCAAUGCUGACCGGUCUUAGUAUGGCCGGCUCGGCCGUCAUAGACAAUCAGAGGAUCUACAUCAUAGGUGGCUACAACGGACGCAGUCGACAUAGAGAAAAAGACAUUCACUGCUAUACAGUUGCUGAAGAUGAAUGGGACGUCGUGGGGGAGCUACCCGCGCCUGCAUUGCGUAUGGCAUGCUAUGCAAUGACGCUCCCUAGUAACCUCAUAAACAUUACAGGGUCUGAUAGUCAAUCUACUGCCUCCCAAGGAACUGGGUCUCUGUCGAAUUUCACCUCAGUUAGCCAGCAGUUUUCACACUGAAACUCAAUACAACUCAACAAUUGAGAUCUAAACAAAUAUGUAGACUCGGAAAUAGAGAUCAAAUGUAUGCAAUACAAAAUGAAUUUUGUACUGCCUUUUUUUUUAAAUGCUCAAGUUAUUAGUUUUUUUAGUUUGUGGGCAGCUUUAGUAGUAGGUCUUAGUUGAAGCUUGUACAAAAUAUUUGAUUUCAUGGUGGUUUGUGCAAUUAAAUGAAUAAAACACCUCAUAGCAUUCAGCAAUGCAUAGGCCUACCUUCAUGUAGCCGAGGCAGAUUCCACUUCAUAACAGGAAAGCCACAGUAUUCUUCAACUUUCUGUUGAGUGUUGAUCAUCUCAAACUGGUCUUGAGAUUUCAGACCUUCAACUUCAUUCUUGAAGGGGGCGUGGCAAUGUUCUCUUCUCUUUAGACUUUGCAAAGGUCUACCUCGCAAAAUUGUGGGACAAUGAUUGUUGAUGAUUUGGGUAAAUUCUAGGCCUGAAUAAGUAAUGUACACUGGCCUUUAACUUUGCUCAUGAAGGGGCUAUAAGCAAUUUCCCUCUGGUAAGGGCACCUCUAUAAAGGAAAAUGUAAAUUUGCAUUUGGAACUUUACAAAGGGCACCACAGCAGAAGCACAGAGCACCACGGCAAUUGCUGUGGGUGUUCUGGGCUUCACAAUAGCCAAAUUUAUUUAACCUUCAAGGCGGAAAACUGAAGGUUUGAAACCAAUAUGUUAGGAAACAAAAUUAUUACAAUUUAUUUAAAAUUAUGUUUUUUGCAGAGAAGUAGAACAACAAGUUUAAAAGUGAGGUGUGAUUAUUAUUGCUUUAUAUGUGAACUUCUACAUGUAUCUCUCCUUACCAAAUAUAAUGUUAGAUCUACAUGAUUGUGGAAUCAAGGGUGUGUCUUUUAAGGGGCGUGUCUGUGUCUGAUUAACAGACUGGGUGUGUUUUGAUUUUGAAGAUCUCAAGUAACACUUUGACCAAUUGCAUUACCACCAGACAUGUACUCUAGGCUUGUCCACUCAAAUAAAAAUUGGUAUUUCUUUAUCAAAGCAUCAAUGAACAAAAAUGGUCAGUUUACAGAGUAGAUAUAUACUGUGUAUUGGGACUGACUUGAAACAGGAAAUACUUUAAAGACAGAUUGGAAUCAUACGUCUAGUAUUGAGUGAUGCAGUUAUUUUAUGGUCAAUAAGGUGCCUUUUUUGUAACUCAAAAUAAUAUUUAUACUUUGGUCGCGUGUGAAACAUAAAACGUUAAUCACUGGUAGACUGAUUGUAUGCCAGGCCAAUAAUAUAUGCUUCGUUUUUGAAAGAGCGAGGGCAUCCAGGCAUUUUCUCCUUGGUAAAGGGCACCCUAUUGGGAUAGUGUAUUAACUGACUUCUACUGAAGCAUUUCAAGGGCACCAAGGCUUUAGUAGGGGGCAUAAGUCUCAGGUCUGGCACAUGCUGCACAAUCAUAUAUAUGUAUAUUGCCUUGUAGUUUAAUACAACUUUAUACAACGUUCCUUUCGCGUGUUUAUAUUACACAACCCCUAUGUGUUUAUAGCAAAAACUGAAUAUAAAAAAGUAAUGAGUAGGGUGGAACUGAAAACUGAAUAUUUUCUACACUUAUACCUUUUCCCAUACAAUGCCCCACAAACAUGACAGACAACAAACAUGUAAAUUAAACUGGGAGGAACCUGUAGGCGUAAAACGUGGGUUUUCCCACCGGAGACAUAAUGUCCCUUACCCCAGGCAAGAAAUAAUACGCCUAUAGCCGUAAUGAGAAAAUUGAUUUUGUAUUGUGUCAUGGCUAUUUUUGUCAAGGACAAAACGUCUCUGUUGGCAAUAUUUAGGGAAAACCGCAAUAAUAUACAGUACAUUCACUGCAAUAGUUUUUAUCCGCACAGCAUACAUGUAUCUAAUGGAAAUUGAUAUUUUUGGUUCACUUCUAGGAAAUAUGGACCACCAGCCAAAGCAAUGUCAAUUUAAAUAUGUUGAUUUUUUAAAUAGAAAUACCCCUCACUAUUUUGGGCUGAGCCGGUGAUAUUUUUUUAACUUGCAUUUUUAGAAUGUUUUUGUGUUUUAAUUUGAUACAGGGUUUUUGUGAUAUUGUUGUGUAUAAUUGAAGAUGUUUUAUAUUAUUGUAUAUUAUUUGUGUGGCACUUUUGACAAUUGUGAUUAUACUUUUUGUGUCAUUUCUGUUUUCAUUCAUGCUGCAAUUUCUUCUUCUUUUUUAAAUUGAAUAAAUGUAUUUCAAUUGUACAUAUUAUAUCAUCAUGUACAUGUAUCAGAAUAUGUUAUGUUUUCUUUUCAAACAGUAUCAUAUUGAACCGCUGCUCGUGUAGUUAAAUGUGGAAAACAUUUUUAGUAGAACCGUGAUCAAAAACUGAAUAAAUUUACAUAUUUC